UUCGUACCAUAACAAAUGUUUUUAUGUUUUGGACUUUCUUUUGCUUCUGUUUUCUUCCCUUUGGAAAAGUCUUCCUUGUUCAUGUGUUUUACUUGCAUAAAGAUCUCACCUUCACCCAGAAGGACAAAUAUUCCCUCCUCUGCUGUCAUACCCAAAAAAACCUUCCUAAAACAGCUAACUGCAUCUUUCGAAACUCAUCCCGGCCCCAAAUAGCAUUAUAAUAUAUUUGGUGCUCUGGUUAGGUAGAUUGUCUAAUAUUUCUGCAACUAAUAAAGGUGUAAAGCCUAUCACGCCUUUAUCUAUCCCCUCUCCUUUCUUUAACAAAAGCUACCUCUAAUUUGAUUCAUCAAGGACAUCAUCAUAGGUUUAUUGUCCGGUAUUAGUUGCCUAACUUGUUGGACAAACAGACGUUUUCUAAUAAACUGCUUUCUUCAAUUCCCCUUAUCUCAAGAUGACUUGACUUAUACUCCUUUGACAGUUAGCCUUGCCUAGGAAGAAAUAUUCUCUUCUUAUGCCUAUAAAUAUACAGAACAUAUAAUGGAUUAUCAAUCAUUUUAUAUCAUCAUUCUAUAUAUACAUCCUUUAAAAGAAUAAGCUUUAAAACCGCACCCAAACCAAAACUAGUACCAAAAAAACCAGAACCAACUUGUUCAUACGUAUUAAAAGAGCAAACAUCAGAGCAUUUGAAAAAUCAGAGAUCAUGGCAGCUUCAUAUAGAGAUGAAGAGCGCGUACCAGAGAUAGUUUUCUUCGAUAUAGAAACAUCAGUCCCAAAUAGAGCAGGACCAGGCCAUGAAAGAAGAUUCUGGAUAUUAGAAUUUGGUGCAAUGGUAAUAUGCCCUUCAAAGCUUGUGGAGAUAGAGAGCUAUUGCACCCUCAUUAAGCCGGGAGAUCUCUCAGUUGUCGCGCUAAAGUCUACACGAAGUGAUGGCAUCACAAGAGAGGCAGUGAUAAAAGCACCAACCUUUGAGGAAGUUGCUGACAAAAUAUUUGAAGUCUUAGAUGGAAGAAUAUGGGCUGGUCAUAAUAUUCAGAGAUUUGAUUGCCUUCGGAUUAAGGAAGCUUUUGCUGAGAUUGGUCGUCCUGCUCCUCAACCAAUUGGCAUGAUUGAUUCUUUGGGUGUUCUUUCUGAUAAAUUUGGAAGAAGAGCUGGUGAUAUGAAGAUGGCAUCAUUGGCCAAUUACUUUGGACUUGGUCAGCAAAAGCACAGGAGCCUUGAUGAUGUUCGUAUGAACUUAGAGGUCCUUAAGAAUUGUGCAACAGUCCUCUUCUUGGAGUCAAGCCUACCAAAUAUGUUGAGUAAUAACAAGCUGCAUAAUGGCUCUUCUACAAUUAUAACACGAAGUAAAAACGUCGAUAACAAAAGAACUGUAUCAAGUUACAAUAAAGAAGAAUCGAGUAGCAGAAAAUCUCCUCCUCCAGCUUCAAUUGGGUAUAUAAGAGCUGUGCCAUAUCCAACAAGAGCGAGUUUAAGAAAGAUGACUGAAAGAGUGAAGAGUCUAUGGUGCAAAGCUCCGAGCAGCCAAUCUAUCAACAACUUGAUCAAGCAUUCUCAAUCAAUUCUUCGAUAGUUUAGCAACGCUUUGCUAAGAAAGAUUGAUCCUUGUAUGUUCGUGGAUUUUUAUUACACGAAGCUAUUCUUCAAAUUUGAGGCUACUUUUGAAAUUUCAAGGGAUUCAGAUCAAAUUUUAAGAUGAAGGCUGCACUAUUUGGUGAAAUGGAUGUAUGAUUGAUCACCUGAUUUUAGAGGCAGCUGCAAUUGAAGUGCAUAAUGAAAUUUCCAACAGAAUCAUAGCAAUUGUUCUAGAACUUUUUUUAUUUAUUUUGUAAAUAAUGAUUCUUUCAAUUCAAUUGUAAAUAUUAAAUAU